AUGUCAUCCAAAUCUGAAAGCAAAAAACCCUCCCAGGAAGCCAUCGUCCAAGGCAACCCCGCAGCCUUUAAACCCACCUACCUCGUGCUAGAUUCGAUCAAUGUCGACCUGCUGUCGAUGACCAUUCUCGCCGCAACAGGCCUCGCCUACCUCUUCCACUACCUCGACGCCAAACUCGCAGUCGCCGCUCUAGGACUGGGAAUCCUCCCGCUCCGCUUAAUCUUCCCCCGCCCCCGUCCUCCAAAGGGCACGGUCCUUAUCACGGGUGCAUCGAGCGGUGUCGGAGCGGAAUUUAGCUACAUUUUUGCGGACAAGGGGCAUGACCUUAUCCUCGUCGGCCGGAAUCAGGAUCAGCUUGAUGUUGUGAGGGAGAAUGUGAACAGAAAGUACCAGGUUCGCGCGGAUACGAUCAGUAUCGAUCUCUCACUCCCGGGCGCCGCCAAGGAGCUGUAUAACCAGGUGAAUGAGAAACAGCGCUCUGUCAGCGUGCUCGUGAAUAACGCGGGACUCGGUGCAGCGGGCGACACGAUGGAGCAGGAUGUCGAACUGGCCGAGCGGAUGACGACGCUCAAUUGCAUUACGCCUGUGCAGCUGGCGCAUCUGUUUGGGAAUGAUAUGAUUAAGCGUGGCGAGGGGUGGAUGCUGCACGUCACCUCGGUCGGUGCAUGGAUCGCAAGCCCCGGACAAAACAUCUACCACGCAACAAAACACUUCCUGCGCGCAUUCUCCGAAGCAUUAUCCCUCGAGCUCCGCGCCUACCCCGGGAUAACAAACACGAACCUCAUGCCGGGCCCCGCCCACACGCAAUUCAUCACCCGCUCACACGCAGAGGAGACCUUUAUGAUGGCCGCGUCGGGCGCCGUCGAGGAUCCGAAGCGCGUUGCGAGCGUCGGGUACAGGGCGCUGUGUCAGCGGAAGGCGUCGGUGUUUAGUAGUUGGAAUGCGGCGGGGACCACCAUGUUGUUUCGGUUUUUGCCGCGGAGCGUGCAUCUUACCCUGGCGAGUUUGUUGAAUGCGCCGCUGCGGGGUGUGCUUAGGGCUAGGGAGCCGUUGGCGGAGCAGAGGGUUCGGGGGCAGGAUUUGUAG